AUGGACCAAGCGGCCGCGCAACCGCGAAAAUGCCCGGGCUUGAAUUGCGAAAAUGAUGCCUCUUCGCUACAAUGCCCCAAGUGCAAAGAGAUGGACGUGGACAGCUUCUUCUGCUCACAGGAUUGCUUCAAGCGGAGCUGGGCUGAACACAAGGCCCUCCACAAGAGUACGAAUCCCUUGCGCAAUUUCGUCGCUCCCAAGGUCGUGUCUAAAGUUGAUCCAGAAACCGGCCACUUCAACCCAUACCCCACAUAUCCUUUUACCGGCCCGUUAAGACCGGUCUACCCUCUGUCGCCGAAGCGGGUGGUUCCCAAGUCGAUACCGCAUCCCGAGUGGUCGGAGGACGGGAUUCCGCGAUAUCCGUAUGUGCGGAAAAACAACAUCCAGGCUUUGGAUGAGAAGGGCAUCGCGGGCAUGCGGAAGGUCUGCAGGCUAGCGAGAGAGGUGCUCGAUAUUGCCGCUACCGCUGCAAAGCCUGGCGUGACGACGGAUUAUAUUGACGAAGUUGUUCACAAUGCGUGUUUGGAACGGAAUUCAUAUCCUUCCCCAUUAAACUACAAUCACUUCCCCAAGUCGGUCUGCACAUCCCCCAAUGAAGUCAUCUGCCACGGCAUACCCGACCAGCGGGUCCUGCAAGACGGCGACAUCCUCAACAUUGACGUGACGCUCUACCACGAAGGCUACCACGGCGAUCUGAACGAGACGUACUACAUUGGCGACAAGGCCAAGGCCGACCCCGACAAUGUCCGCCUCGUCGAGACCACGCGGCAAUGCCUAGACAAGGCUAUCGAGCACGUCAAGCCGGGCGUCAAGAUCGGCGACUUUGGCGACAUCAUCGAAAAGCACGCCAAAUCGCAGAAUCUCAGCGUCGUCAAGACGUACUGUGGCCACGGCAUCAAUUCACUGUUCCAUUGCGCGCCCAACGUCCCGCACUAUGCCAAAAACAAGGCCGUCGGCAAAUGUAAGCCCGGAAUGACUUUCACCAUCGAGCCCAUGAUCUGCCUGGGUAGUUACAAGGAUAAGACCUGGCCGGAUGAUUGGACGGCCGUGACGUCAGAUGGAAGCCGCUCCGCGCAGUUUGAACAUACCUUGUUGGUCACCGAGGAGGGCGUCGAGGUCUUGACGGCCCGGUUACCCACCUCGCCGGGCGGGCCUGUGCCCAUGCCUAGGGCAGAGGGGACGAAUGGAGAAGUGAAUGGAGAUAGUGCCAAGGCGUGA